AUGACCCUCUCCCCCUUUGGGGAUCCCUACGGGUCAUUCCUGGCAAACUUGUGCCCGGUAAACGUUUUCCGUCCGAUACCGCAGGAUUCCUUCACUCUGGUUGACAAGCAUGCGCUGGAGCAAAUUUACAAUGAGGAGAUCCUCAAGUUUCCCGAUUAUAAAGAGAAACUUUGCGACAUCUACGGGAUACAGGAUUGCGAAAGCGUAAAUGUAAAGAACUACAAAGACCUCGUGAAACUGUACCAAGAUGUUUUGCAUGACAAGCAACUUUUGCUAUCAAAGCUGAUACAGAUGCAAACUGGUUGUGUUUUUAAAACUAAUGUAAAGAUAGAACGUAUAGUAAAGAAUGUAGCAAAGGAGAGAGAAUAUGUUCGUCACUCUGUUUUAAUUGUAAUCAUCUUUCUGGUACUAGAAUGGAUGUUACGGCUGUGUAUAUUACAAAAGCCACGGUGGAAGAUAAAAACUGUGAUGGAGUAUGCAUUGUAUCAGAAACUUUUCUUUGACCACUUCUUGGCACAUUUUGAUUCAUAA